AUGAACAGGGAUGUUGUAUUGUUUGUUGGUCCUGAGAAUGUUGUGCAUAUUGUAACGGACAAUGCUGCAAACUAUGUUGCUGCGGGAAGAUUGUUGGAGGCUGAGUUUCCUAAAUUGUAUUGGUCCCCUUGUGCAGCUCAUUAUGUUAAUCUGAUGUUUCAAGAUAUUGGGAAGUUGCAAGAAGUGAGUCAAACUGUGUCACAAGCUUCACUGAUCACUAAGUAUAUCUAUAAUCAUUGCUAUCCACUGUUCUUGAUGAGAAAGUUUACAGGUGGGCGGGAAAUACUUCGUCCAGCUCCAACUCGGUUUGCUACAAAUUUCAUUGCUUUGCAAAGUAUUUUAGCUCAAAAGGAUCCUUUGAGAGCUAUGGUGACUUCUAAAGAAUUUACAAGCUCAGCUUACUCCAAAGAAGCCAAAGCUAAGAAAUUUGUGGAUCAAGUCUUGGAUUCUAAAUUUUGGAGUCAAUGCACUGAUAUUGUUAAGCUUACUUCGCCACUUAUUCAUGUUUUACGUAUUGUGGAUAGUGAAGACAGACCUGCCAUGGGUUAUCUUUAUCAAGCUAUUUAUAAGGCUAGAGAAGAAAUGGUGAGGAGGUUUCAGAAAAGAAAGAAGGUUGUUAAUCCUUAUCUGAAGAUUUUGGAUACCCGUUGGGAUGCACAACUUAAGAAAAAUCUUCAUGCCACUGGUUAUUGGUUAAAUCCAGCUUUUCGAUUUAAUGCUGAAGAAUUUGAAAAGCACAAAGAAACGAUUUCUGGCUUGUUGGAUGUCAUUGAGAAAUAUGCUUAUGAUGAUCCUGUAUUGAAUUCUAAGCUGACAAGUGAGAAGAUGAUCUUUAAGAAUGCUGAGAAAGAUUUUGGAAGACCUUCUGCAAUACAUGAACGAACCACUGUUAUGCCAGAUCAAUUGUGGAAAUCUUAUGGUUGUGGAGCACCAAAUUUGCAAAAGUUGGCUAUUCGUGUUUUAAGCCAGACUUGUAGCUCUUCAGGUUGUGAGCGUAACUGGAGUAUUUUUGAACACAUUCACUCAAAGAAGAGGAAUCGGUUAGAGCAUCAAAAACUUAAUGAUCUUGUUUAUGUUCAUUACAACUUAAGGUUACAACAAAGGACCCAAAUGAGAAACCAAGUUUAUGAUCCAAUUUGUCUUGAUGCAUUUGAGGAUCAUUCGGAAUGGAUACUUGAAGAUUCACCACCAUUUUUAACUCCUGAAGAAAUUGAUACUUUACGAAAUGAUCUUGCAAAUAUGUCUCUUCGAUCACCUUUAGAUGAUUUAGAUCAAUUGGAUUUGGAAGAUGAUCGGGAGGAUGAUGGAGCUAAUAAUUCUGUGGAAAAUGCAAAUCAAAAUGAAACCAAUCAGGAUGUAGCUCCACAUUUGUCAGAUGAAGAGCAACUUGCCGACUUCGAAAUCACUCCUUGGAUUUAG